CCUGGCGACGACGGUCACCAGGGAGCGGCGCGCGCUGAUGACACGAGGCCUUAGCGACAGCGGUCACCAGGGAGCGGACGCGUUAUACGGCGAUAUGGACGCGACCACGGCCCCGCACCGCAUACCCCCGGAAAUGCCCCAGUAUGGGGAGGCGAACCACGUCUUCGAGUUGAUGCAGAACAUGCUGGAGCAGCUCCUGAUCCAGCAGCCCAAGGACCCCAUCACAUUCAUGAUUGAGCAUUUGCAACGAGACAAUGAUUACGUGCCGAAGAUUGUAAUAUUAGGUCCACCCGCCUCGGGGAAAACAACUAUAGCAAUGUGGCUUGGCAAACAUCUGAAUAGCAAUCUCCUCAGCGUGGAGAGCUUGAUAGCAAAAGAAUAUUCCUCUCUGGCUGCAAGUGCCAGGACGCAUUAUCAGAAGUUCCAGACGUUGCCCAACAUGCUGCUCGUCAGACUGCUUCAGGAACGCCUGAGGGAAGAGGACUGCGUCAGGCGGGGCUGGAUUCUGGAUGGCAUCCCUGAAACUCGGGAGCAGGCCCUGUUGAUCCAGACCCUCGGCGUCUCCCCCAGACAUGUCAUCGUGCUGAGCGCUCCAGACACGGUCCUGAUUGAGAGAAAUUUGGGGAAGAGAAUCGACCCUCAGACAGGAGAGAUUUAUCACACCACCUUCGACUGGCCCCCCGAGUCCGAAAUCCAGAACCGACUGAUAGUGCCAGCAGGCAUCUCGGAAGGGGAGACGGCGCGGAGGCUGCUGGAGUAUCACAGGAACAUCAUCAGGAUCCUCCCCUCGUACCCCAAAAUCGUGAAGGCCAUCACUGCCGACCAGCCGUGCGUGGACGUCUUCUACCAGGCUCUGACCUAUGUCCAAACCAUCCAUCGAUCUAACGCCCCGUUCACCCCGAGGGUGCUGCUGUGCGGGCCCGUGGGCAGCGGGAAAAGUCUGCAGGCCGCCCUCCUGGCCCAGAAAUACGGCCUCGUCAACGUCUGCUGUGGGCAACUGCUCAAAGAGGCCAUGGCAGACAAGUCCAAGUACGGCGAGAUGAUCCAGCCCUUUUUCGAAAAGGAGACCGCAGUCCCCAGCUACGUCAUCAUGAAGGUGCUGAAGCAGCGCCUGGACCAGCAGGACUGCGUUGAGAGAGGGUGGGUGCUGCACGACUUCCCGCGAGACAGGGACCAGGCGUGCUUGAUGGACAGCAUGGGCUACAAGCCCAACAGGGUGUUUUUCCUGAAUGUGCCAUUCGAUUCCAUCAUUGAGCGGCUGACCCUGAGAAGAACCGACCCUGUCACAGGAGAAAGGUACCACCUCAUGUACAAGCCACCUCCGACCAUGGAAAUCCAGGCCCGCCUCCUGCAGAGCCCAAAGGAUUCUGAAGAGCAGAUCAGGCUCAGAAUGGAGCAGUUCUACAGGAAUUCCGCUGAGCUGCAGGAGUUCUAUGGGCAGGCCAUCACCCUCAACGGGGACCAGGACCCGUACACGGUCUUUGAAUACAUAGAGAGUGGGAUCAUUAAUCCCCUGCCCAAGAAAGUUCCCUGAUGGCUUAAGAGCAAAGGAACAUCCCCCAGGGGAACAAAGUGAAUCCUUCUCCCCCGACCUUCUGGAAACUCAGCCAAUAAAGAGUGCGGAGUGCA